GAAACACCUGCAUAAAACACCACAUGAAACUUACCUGUAGCUGAUCCAGAGCUAGAGCUGACUGAAGCAACACCCACCGCAAGCUUUCCUACUUCGCGUAGAACUGGAGGAACUAAAGUUGGAACAGAUUUGAAGCGGUUUUGCGUGCAUGAAUACCGUCCGGUCCGAUGUAAAAAAGAGACGUAGACUAAAUUUUAAGUUUAUUUUACGGAAAAUCGGCAAAAUGGGAUCGGAAAAACGACGCGACGGCCUAAAGGAGUACUGCCGAGGCAUCUCAAGAAUUCUUUUCGGGCUUGUGGAGGUCUUUUGCCACUGGUUUUUCAGUUUAAUUUAUGGAAAUAACAAGGAAUCGAUGCCCCCAAUCAAGGAUCUGUUGCUUUUGGAAUCGGCCAGUACGGUGGCUUUGAAAAUUCGAAACAAAAAACUAACCAGUGAGCAAGUGCUUGACUCAUAUAUAGAAAGGAUAAAAGAAGUGAAUCCUUUGCUGAAUUGCGUGGUUGCCAAUCGUUUUGACGAAGCCAGAAAGGAAGCCAGGGCAGCGGACGUGCUGAUCAAUUCUGGAACCAUACCUGAAGAGGUAUUGGCUAAAGAAAAACCAUUUUUGGGCGUUCCAUUUACCACAAAAGACUGUAUUUCUGUCAAAGGUUUAAUUCACUCGGCAGGGUUGGCAUGUCGCAAAAAUAUUAUCGCCGAGGAAGAUGCCACCGUGAUAGCUCGCCUAAAAGACGUUGGUGCCAUAGUGAUAGGUUUGACCAACGUUUCGGAGCUGUGUAUGUGGUGGGAGAGCGCCAACAAGGUCCACGGCAGAACCAGGAACCCUUAUGACACCAGUAGGAUAGUGGGCGGGUCUUCCGGAGGCGAGGGGUGUGCCCAGGCGUGCGCAGCGUCGGCGUUUGGUAUCGGGUCGGACAUAGGGGGGUCCAUAAGGAUGCCAGCUUAUUUUAAUGGGGUUUUUGGUCAUAAACCAUCAUCACUGACUGUUCCCAAUCAUGGACAAUAUCCUGAGCCGGCAACAGAUGAACAGAAUCUAUUUUUAGGUUUAGGGCCUAUAUGCAGAAGGGCAGAAGAUCUUUUACCCCUUUUAAAGGUAAUCAGCAAUAACAAUCCUGUCCUGCGAUUGGACGAAUCCGUCGAUAUAAAAAAAAUCCGAUUUUUCUAUCAAGAAUCUGACGGUGGUUCAGAUUUUAUUUCACCCGUAUCGCCUGAUAUUAAGGAACUUUUUGUGAAGAUUUCCAAACAUUUGGAUAAGGCCUACGGUAUAAAAACUAGCAAGGUUUCUUUGAAGCAAUUUAUUCUUAGCGCGCCUAUGUGGUUCGCCGCCAUGAAAUCUCCCUCGGGUCCAACCUUUCCUAAUCAGCUGACCAACCUGAAGGGUUGCAUAAAUCCUUAUUGGGAAAUGCUCAAGUGGAUUUUCAGGUUAUCUGACCAUACAUUUAUCGCCCUAGCCACCUGUCUAGUAGAGAAAGGAGGUUGCAAAUAUGGAGACGAAAAACAUCAGUUCCUUCUGAAAGAAAGGGACGCCCUCAGAUUAGAAGUGAUAGACUUAUUAGGGGACGAUGGAGUGCUUUUAUAUCCAACCCAUCCCACUUCAGCGCCCUAUCACAACGAACCCCUAGUAAAACCGUUUAAUUUCUCAUAUACAGGAUUGGUCAAUGUCCUAAAACUGCCAGCCACUGCCGUACCUAUGGGACUGGACAGACACGGUCUACCUAUAGGAAUCCAGGUCAUAGCUAAACACGGUAACGAUAGGUUAUGUCUGGCUGUAGCCAGAGAAUUAGAAAAAGGAUUUGGAGGAUGGGUUCCUCCAGAAGUAGAUGCUUAAAAAAGAUAGUUUUUUUAAUUAAAUUAAAAAAAUCAACUAUUGGGUCUAGGGUGUUGUAUAAUAUUCACUUUCAAAAGGUGUUACUUGAACGAAUCCCACCCUGUAGAUACAUAAAUUGACCCACUACAUUGGAAAAAUUUAGUAAACACUAUUUUACCGGCAUUUUUUAUAAAAUUACAUACUUUUUUAUAUACAAGAUACUUUUUUACCAAAUUAUUGACUCAGAUAGUAUACAAAACAAUAUUUUCUAUUUAUUACUGUAUACUUUUAAGUGUAACACACUAUAUAAGUACAUAUUAUAAUAUAAACAGUAAAAAUUAUUUUUAUUAGAAAUUUACGUAAAGUUAUGUGUAUAUCGUUGUGAAAUAGGUGUGCCAACAAAAAGGUUAUUAAAAUAUUUUUAGCACUGUUUAUAAGAAAAUCUCAAUCUUCGACCAAAUCGUUUUAUUUAAUUAAAAUGAAUAAAAUUAAACAACAAACAAUAAUAAAUAUCUCAAUAUAUUAUAAGAAUCUAUUGCAUUUAAUGUGAAAAAAUUGUCUAUAUAUUUUUUAUAUGUAUGUAAAUAUUUAAAACAACCAAUUUUCCUCAUAUAUGAUUGAUUUAUUUUUAUUUUUAUACAUUUGAAGAGACUAUAUAGUAUAAUUCAGGUCAUCAUUGUAAGAUUUUGUAUUAUUUUUACAACUGUUAUAUAUAUUUUAUAUGAAAUAUACCUACCUCUUGUAAUAU